AUGUCUAACAACAAUUCUCCUAGACCUGCAUCUCUGCUCCCCCUAGGCCUCCGAUCACGUCGCGGCUCGUUGGAUUCGCUUUCGGGGUCAGCCCCAAUAGACAAAGAGCAGUUAUCCAAGGCUUUAGAUCAGAUACAUAGCAAGGCAAGCCACUCCGAAACCCUUACAACGUUCAACGAGUUCGCCUCUCCUCCUGCUUCCUCUUCCCACACCGAAAGCAAGGGUAUAAGCGGAGAUAUCAUGCAAAAUGGUUUAAGUGGACUAUACAGUCGGUUUAGAGGUGCUGUUGGGGGUGGGAAAGAUAAGGCGACUACGGCAUCGAACAAAAAUGACCAUGAUCCCGCGGAAGUUGCCUCCAUCGCCUCUACGAAGAGCCAGGCAAGUGUCAGGCCUACCUCAAAGGCUUCCAUAGGUCCAACGAGAGAAGAUAGCGGAGCUCUCGCGUCUCCUAUUCAACUCUCUGCAGCUUCCUCCCAGCUCCAAUCGCCCACAACAGUUUCGUCUUUUACGGGCCAUUCUUCUGAGAGCCAGUCUCAGGCUAUGAAAUCCUCCAAAACGUCUCUCAUGUCCACGCCUGCAACGUCCAAGUCUGCUACCUCCAGUAGACCUUCUAUUCAACCCAUGAAUAAGGCUACUGCAUCUUCUGCCGUUGUUCCCACUCUUGCCCCGGUCAACGUAAAUGCAUUCAAGGAUGGUGAAAGAGGCCGAACGGUCACCGAGAACCAAAAGACUGACACCGCGCCUUCCACUGCAGCAUCCAGCAUCUAUGAACAGUCAGUAUUUGGGUUUGGCGAAUCACGCCACAGCAAACGUGCGUCUCUCGCUGAUGACUCGGACAAUUCCGACGACGAAGGUGGUGAUGUGGAGCCGCACGCCGUGCAAGAAUCGCAAUCACUAGCUGGACUUGAUGGUGCUGAACUGCGCAGAGUACCUAGUGGUAGCAUUAAGAGUGCAUCGACAGCAUUAUCCUCCUUGCACGCUAACGAAUCUACCCGAGCAAAGCCCCCGAAUCGAAUUACACUUCCUGAAGGCUUGAAACGGCCAACUGCCAUUGAACGUAUCACCCAGUCUCAUUUGCCAGGAUAUCAAGCGUCCAGAGGAUCAUCAACUGAUCGCAGCACUGCAGAGGCCACCCCUAUCAAUACCUCCGCGCAUAACAGUGUGCGUCACGAGUCAUUUGCUGACAAUGGCCCUCACACAAGGUAUUCUGGAAUGCGGCGAAUUCCUGGCACUACUUUAAAUGAGGGGGCUCCAGAAGCUGUCAACACGAGACUAGAGCAGAUGAGGAAGCAAGUUCUGAGCAAAGAGUUCUGGAUGGCAGACGAUAUUUGCAAAGAAUGUUUUCUUUGUGGGGAUACAUUCUCUGCCUUUCGAAGAAAACAUCACUGCCGGACAUGUGGGUGCAUAUUCGACGCGAAAUGUACUUCUAUAAUCUCCGGGCAGCGUUUUGGUGUUCAAGGUAAUCUGAGAGUCUGCAAGACGUGUCUCAACAUUAUCAACAGACGGCAUGACAGCAGUGGGUCUGAGGAUUCUGAUCAUGACUCCUCUCUGCCCACCUUUUUCCAGUCCCAGCAGGCAAAGUUUGAUUCAGCGAGCAAGAUCGAAGCUCCAGAGACUACCUCUAACAGAGCAUCGGAAGAUGCCAGGAAAACGCCACUACCGACCCCGAUGAUGGCCAUCCCGGCAACCCGCAGAAUUGGGGAUUCAGCCAACCGAAGAUCGGCUAUCUUAGAAAUAGACGCCCCCCAGCUCAGUAGGCCAGGUUCUGCAAGGUCUCUAAAACCCCUUUCGACUUCAGGACGUCCUGCGUCGUCGGGUCACAAAAGGCAUCAGUCUAAGCAUAAUUUCCUUGGUCGGUUCAAACCGACCGCAGAGGAAAGUGCACCCUUUCACCGCGGGGCAUCUGAAGAUGCGGGAAAGAAAUCACACUUGCCGGCCUUCCACGACGACAAUAUCAUUGAUCCAGACCUGGAGCCUUAUAUGUCUGAUGAAGGCUCAAGUGCAGAUGAACAGAUGGGUAUAUUUGCUACCAUGAACAAUGGUAACAUGAUGAGUACAAGUUUUGAAAAUGAUAGGUCUGGCUUUGGUUCACUAAUGAAUGCCGGUAAAAAACAUAGAGCCCGAACUGGCGAGAAGAGUGUCAGUGGAAUUAGUUUCACUACUCGUGGAGUAGAUGACCCUGUUGGGAAUACGUCUCUAGGCGGAUUUUCUCGACCGAGUAGGCGCCGUAAUCUCAGCGCUGCAAGCAACCACUUGUACCAUCCCCGCACAACUCCACAACCGAUGCCUUCAAGAUUUGGCCAUGUAGAUGAGGAGGCCGUCGGUCUCGUAGAGUCCCCUUCGAGUUCUACUCUUGCACUAGGAAUGACUCGAAGUGUAUCUAUGAACGAUACCAAGGCUCCAACCGUCGAGUUGAACAAUGCCAGUUUACAUCAUGUUAAGAGGCUUUUACGUCAGUUGUUACAAGACUCAAACAUUCCUCACAUGGCCUCUUGGGAGAAGGCUCUGAUACCUAUCCUUCUCCAGUGCACGGACGAUGUCGAGCCUAAAGUACGGCUCGAUGAAGACAUGGAUAUCCGACACUUCGUCAAGGUCAAAAAAAUCCCUGGUGGAAAACCAGGCGAUACUUCUUAUGUAUCGGGUGUUGUAUUCACAAAGAAUCUCGCUCUCAAGAGCAUGCCCAGGAAUAUUUCGAAUCCUCGAGUUGUAAUCGUCUCCUUCCCUAUUGAAUAUCAGCGACAUCAACAUCAUUUCAUGAGCCUUGAGCCUGUCAUCGCUCAGGAAAAGGAGUUCUUGAGAAAUAUGGUUAAUAGAAUCGCUUCCUUACGACCUCAGCUACUUCUAGUCCAAAAGCAAGUGUCUGGAUUAGCAUUGCAAUAUCUCGAUGAAGCCGGUAUUGCUGUAGCGUACAACGUGAAGCAGUCGGUCAUCGAAGCCGUAUCACGGUUUGCGCAGACCGAAGUCAUUUCCUCCAUAGAUAUGGUCGCUCUACGACCAAUGCACAUUGGAAAAUGUGCCGGCUUCGAUGUCAAGACUUAUGUUCACAACGACAUCCCUGGGAGGAAAAAGACUUACAUAUAUCUGUCCGGCUGUCCCAAAGACCUGGGCUGUACUAUUUCGUUGCGAGGAGCCAACUUGAACGUUCUUUCCAAAAUGAAGCAGAUUACAGAAUUCAUGGUUUAUGUUGUUUACAACCUGAAGCUGGAGACAUGCUUGAUGCGCGAUGAGUAUGUCAUGACUCCAUCGGUGGCAGGGGAUAGCGGCAGCCUUUCACCAAGCUUGAGAUCAGAACCUCCAGGGACGCAGUCAGUAGAACCAUAUCCUAUAAGUCCUGGUGACAUUGUCACUGCGGCGAGUGACAGGCUUAACGCCAUGACCGAUGCGACCUCACUUUCGAAUAAUAGCAAUCCAGACGGAAAUCAGGCUAGUAGCGAUCCCGAACCUCAAACUGAGCCUGCAAGCAUCGAAACAAGCAAUGCCGAUCUCUCACAGUCUGCUAAUAAUAUUAAAGAGGACCCGCCUACGGAGGCAUCAAAAUACGUCUCGGCCCACGAAUCUCACUCGCAUGGCUCCCCCGAUGAUCAAGUCCCUGAGGAUGUUCCCAUGCCUACAUUUUAUAGCGACAUGGUAGCGAAGCAUCAGACUAAAAUUCUUUCCAUUUCGCCUCUCGUCAAAUUUGUGCAGCCUUAUUUGCUCAUGAGAGCGAGAGAACAAGAAAGAAGGCUUUCGGUCCUGAGAAGGUUGCGUGAUCAAGACACCUUUGAGGACCAGACCGGCAACAACGAGAAAUCAAAGCCUCAAAAGUUUCAACUAAUCAAGCCCGAGAUGGUCCAUGACACACUGAAAAAGGCUCCGAGGCCUAUUAUGGAAGUCCUCCAUGCAGUACACGAUGCCGAGUACGAUAAGGCUCUACACAAUUACCAAACUCAGACGCGCCAGUGGGAGAUUGCUAUCCAAGGAAAUCUCGAUCUCUUUGACCCCUAUGCGCAUCAGACUAUCACUGUCUUGUACACUCUUGUGUGUACAGAAACUACCAUUCCCUGCGUGGGCCCAGAUCUACUGACUUUGGGAUUCUAUAAAGAGUAUGAUUUGCCUCGCAAAGAGUAUGAGUCUGAUUGCACUUUGGGUGCCUAUGUGGAGGAUUUGUGUGAGAGUAUCAACGCCAUUUGCACUAUCAAUAAUUGUGAGCGUAAAUUCUCCGAGCACCACAGAACUUACGUACACGGCGAAGCCCGGAUCACAGUCUUCGUGGAAAAAUCCCCUUGCAAAGUCAAGACAAUGCAGGAUAAUAUCCUCAUGUGGACCUAUUGCAAAAAGUGUCAAAUUGAAACCAUGGCCAUUCCAAUGUCGGAAAGCACCUGGAAAUAUUCUUUUGGGAAGUAUUUGGAGUUGUCAUUCUGGAGCAGUGAGCUGCGUCCUCGUUCCGGUAACUGUCCACACGAUCUCCAUCGCGAUCAUCUGCGCUACUUUGGGUUUCAUAAUGCCGCCGUUCGGAUACAUUAUGACCCCAUAGACGUUUUGGAAAUCGUCGUACCCCGAACUAGGAUCACUUGGAAGGUGGACAAUGACUUGAAAUUGAAGAACGAGAUUUUCACAAAAAUCGAAGAACGAUGGAAUCGAUUCAUGUCAUCAGUCAAUUUAAGAAUCAAAGGCAUAAACAUCGAUACUGUAGGCGCUGAAAAGAUUGAUGCUUGCAAGGCCGAGGUGGACAGACUUAGCAAGCUGGCACAAGAGGAACACGCCGCCCUUAUUCGGAAACUCAGAGAUCGGUAUAUGUCAUCGAAGUACUACGAAAUUAUUCCACUUAAUAGGGUUGUGAGGGCGAUGCAGGAAAAGGUGGCUGGGUGGGACAACGCCUUUGCAGAUUUCGACGCCAACUUCUUCCCUUCUGAAAAGGACAUUAGAAGGCUCGCGGCCAUUCAGCUCAGGAGAAUGUUUGAAACUCGCGAUGCUUCCUCGACAUCAGUUGGAUCCACUGAAGCGCCUGAGAUGGCCUCAGACUUGGACGAAAAAUCCCCAAGAACUUCUCUGGAGUUGAUUCGAAAGCCUUCAAAUACGUCUUCGGAACAAGUGCAUGAUGUGUUAAAUUCUGUUGUGGAAGAGCACUCAAUUUCACCUCCAAGUGCGUCGUUGGAAGCCCAAACACAAACAACCCAAACUCCCGCGGAAACUCUUAAUUUGGAAUCUAGCAACGCACAGACCGAAGCACUAGACCGCGAGGGUAUUCAACACCUUGACCUAGCAGUCCCGAAGCCUAAUGAUAAUGAGCAACCAGCGGAGACCCGAGAACUCACCGAUGCAUCAGGAACCCUUAGCCCAUUGGACUCGGAGGUUCAUAUACCAGGAGAAACACCCUUAGAUAUGACAUUGUCGGAAAAGGUCGAAAAACUCCGCAGAAAGGCCAAGUCCCCGUCUGAAGAAACGUAUGUGCCUCAAUCCGAGGUUUCUGGUAUUCCGCGACCAUCGGAGCGUGCACCAGUACGGAGAAGUGGCGCCGCUACAUCUCCCCCCUUGAAUCGCACCCAGUCGCAACCCGCUGGGACUCUUCGCCGUGGGUUUUCCGCAAGCAAACCAUCAUCAAAACAAAGAGACAUCAAGAAUACCAGCAACGACGUUUCGACAAUGCCACUUGAAACCCUAAACUCAACUACAAUUGAACCAGUGAAAGCAACUGACAAGAAGCUCUCUGAAAGGUUGGGUUUGGGCAAUCUAAAAGCUCAUCGAAAAGCCGGUCACUCUUUAAUUCCUAGGUCGGUCGCUUCGAGACGUAAGGAGUCCCAAGUUACUACUUUAGCCAAACAUUUCGAACAACUUAGUCGAGAAUUUGAGAAAGAACGCCAGCGUGACAAGAAGCAGCGUGCUGCGAAAGUUACCCAGGCGCGGGCAUUUCCCAAAGCAUCUUCAAAGCCAAUCGUUGAGGUUUACAAGGACGUUAAUGAGGCUGUCGAGGAACAUGGACCUAGUGACGCAGAGCUGAUGGCGGUUCACCCUACCCAUCCCGAUUCCGAGCCCACAUCUGUGGUUGGUGGCCUAGCAGAUCUCAAUGCCCAGACUCCUGGCGAUGCACCACCUCACUCUCCCACUGGCACUUUUGGCACUGCUGAUGAGACCGCCACCGAGCCUGAUGAUAACCCACACUCUGCCAGUCAAAUAGGCUCUGAUGACGAGGGUUUAAUCAGUGACAUUGACCAUUCUAUUCUCGACGAUAUUAUCCCUAGCGUUGCCGAAUUAGCAGAAGCUCUUGGUGCCAACAGACCCGACGUCAAUCUGGAACUUCCCAAGCACGAAAAGACGAGCCUCAUGAAGUCGUUGACCAACUUCUGGGCCGAAAGAUCAGCAAGUGGGUGGGCACCGUUAGACUAUCCUAUCAAUGCUGGCGAUCACAUAUUUGCAGACGAGGAUGUGAUUAUACGAGAGGAUGAACCAAGCUCUCUCAUCGCCUUCACAUUACAAUCUCAGUCAUACAAAGAGAAACUGGAGGAGAUACGCAGUGGGGGUCGAGCCAGUAAUGAAUGCGAGAUAAAUCCUCCCACUCCUUUGGAUUCAAACAUACCAGACCCUUGCAACGACGGCAUUGAUCAGUCAGAUGUUAAAGCCUCCUUGAAUCGUGAAACAGGUACUCAUCUGGCCUGUUCAUUCUCUGACGGAUCUGCCAGAAUGCAAUGCAAGAUUUUCUACGCGGAGCAAUUUGAUGCUGUGCGACGAAAAUGUGGCGUUGCAGAUCGCAUUGUUGAGUCCUUGUCACGAUGCCUCAAAUGGGACUCCAAAGGUGGGAAAACUAAGUCUGUGUUCUUAAAAACUCUGGACGACAGACUAGUCGUGAAAUCUCUUUCGCCCAUUGAAACGGCUGCUUUCCUGCGAUUUGCACCAGCCUAUUUCAACAUCAUGUCGGAAGCUCUGUUCCGCGAACUUCCAACGGUUAUUGCAAAAAUGCUUGGUUUUUAUCAGAUAAUCAUCAAGAAUCCCGCCACUGGGACCGAAAUCAAGUGGGAUGUUUUGGUUAUGGAGAACUUGUUCUACGACCGCCAAUUGACAAGAAUCUUUGAUCUUAAGGGUUCUAUGCGAAACCGAAAGAUCCAAUCGACCGGAGAACAAAACGAAGUGCUCUUGGAUGAGAAUAUGGUUGAAUUCAUUUACGAGUCACCACUAUUCGCGCGUGAGCAUUCGAAAAAGCUCCUAAGAUCCGCGAUCUUCAACGAUACAUUGUUUUUACAGCGUAACGAUGUGAUGGAUUACUCCUUGAUGGUAGCUGUCGACGAGGCGCGCAAGGAGCUUGUCGUUGGCAUCAUUGAUGUUGUCAGAACAUAUACUUGGGACAAAAAGUUAGAAUCUUGGAUCAAAGAUCGCGGUUUUGCUGGCGGUGGUCGCAAUCGGCCGACGGUUACAUCGCCGAAAGAAUACAAAAAUCGUUUCCGGGAAGCAAUGGAUCGAUAUAUUCUUUAUGCACCAAACAGCUGGCAUCAGUGGGGCGAGUCAAAGCCCCCGAGGGAACAGCAGAAACUUGAGGGAAACUGA